ACUAUUUGCCAUAGAAAAAAAAAGUUUCUCUCAUCUCAUCUUCCCGAUAAAAUAUUUUCUUGGACUUCUUCUUUUUCUUUGGGGGGUCUCUGCUAACAUUUCUCAUCCCGAUCUUUUCAGCUCAGGGAUUUUCAUUUUUGCUUUCGGAAAACACUGAAGAUGAGUAAUCACAUGGUUGUAUAUGUCGAUGGACUAAUUCAACCGGUUCUCUCGGAGGAUAGUGUAAUUGAUAUCCACGACGGAGAUACUACUACGGAGGAGGAGGAGGAGGAGGAUUCACUGGUUUCGUCGGCGGAGUGCCGUAUUUGUCAGGAGGAUUGUGCUAUUGAGAAUCUUGAGAGUCCUUGUUCUUGCAAUGGUACCUUAAAGUAUGCUCACAGGAAAUGUAUUCAACGUUGGUGCAAUGAAAAGGGAAACACUUUAUGUGAGAUCUGUCAUCAGCCAUACCAAGCUGGAUAUACAUCUCCACCACCUCCACCAAUAUCUGAAGAAACUACUAUUGACAUUGGUGGAGGAUGGAGAAUCUCAGGUUUGGAUUUGAACGAUCCACGCCUUCUAGCAAUCGCUGAAGCUGAACGCCAGAUUUUAGAAGCUGAGUAUGAUGAAUAUACAGCUUCAGAUACCACUGGAGCUGCAUUUUUCCGCUCAGCUGCUCUAAUAUUGAUGACUCUUCUUCUAUUGCGACAUGCACUGACUAUACCUGAUUAUUCAGAUGGUGAAGAUGAUCCUUCUUCAAUACUCUCUCUUUUCUUACUCCGAGCUGCCAGUUUUCUUCUUCCUUGCUACAUCAUGGCAUCAGCCAUCAGUAUCCUGCAUCGGCGUAGACAAAGACAGGAAGCAGCAGCCUUGGCCACUCGCUUUGCGUUGGUGCUCAGCUCGCGGCAACCUAGAGCCGUGAUUAAUUAUUUGUCAAUGGAGCCGUGAUGUAAUAGUUUUUACACCAAAAGUUUCAGGUAUAUGCUUUUCGAUGAUUUCAUCAGGAAAAGAUUCAUGAAUUGCUGUUACAAGAGUAGUUUGCAGUAAGUGGAGAGAAGAGAGGAUUCAUUGAAUCAAACCUCUUCUUUUCACUUCUUGCAGAGCAAUUGACUCUAUCCUUUUCUGAUGAAAUGAUUGAAGAAUCAUAUGUGGUGUGAAAUUAUUAACCAAGAUCCAAUAGCAACAGGACCAUCCUUCUGAAUUGACUCACAACAAGGAGUGUCCUAACUUAGCUUAGGUUCUUUUUUUCUUUCAAGUAUUAGAAUCUAAGAAAGAUUCUGUGUAAAUUAAAAUAAGAGUUUCUGAUCUUGUGCAAUUUCCCUAGAUUGUAAUGUAGCAUUAAGUUUUUCAACAAAACUCGAUUGGGGAGGUGAGCAUUUCACUUUAUAGGGAAAAGCCGAGAGACAUAUUUUGUAAUGUGUAAAUAAAUUUGUUUUCUCCA